UAUCGGGCUCGUUAUCCUAGUAAAGCAGUUUCAAUCCAACGUGCUGGUUGAAAAAACUGAAAACACACUGAUAUACAUUCUUUAAGAAAAAAAUCGGAGCAGGGUCGAAUUUUAAUUAUAGACUGCAUAGUCACAGGACAUGGUGCUUCAAAGAAUAGUGAAACCCAAGACACAGCAAGGGAAACGCUUCCUGGAAAAACGGGAACCCAAACUGACAGAGAAUGACAAACAGACCAUGUUUAUCAAAGGUGGAAACACUAGUGUCACGGUCUCACAGGUGCUGACAGAACUGUAUAUGUUAAAGAAGCACAAUUCAGUAUCAUACAAAAGGAAGAAUAUCUUGAGGCCAUUUGAAGAUGAAACACCCCUGGAAUUUUUUGCCAAGAAAACAGAUGCCUCUUUGUUUUUAUUUGGCUCCCAUAACAAAAAACGGCCAAACAACCUCGUUCUUGGUCGAUUUUUUGAUUUUCACAUCUUGGACAUGAUAGAACUAGGACUGGAGAAGUUUGUGUCCAUGGCUGAUUUCCACGGAGGGAAAUGCUCAGAAGGCACAAAGCCAUGCUUAAUGUUUGCUGGUGAGACAUUUGAGCAAGAUGUAGAAUACCGAAGGCUGAAAAAUUUAUUCAUUGAUUUUUUCCGAGGCCCAGUGGUGACCCAGGUCAGACUGGCUGGUUUAGAACAUGUGAUAUUGAUUACAGCAGCAGCGGGUGGAAAGAUCCUCCUGAGGAACUACAGAGUAUUGUUGAAAAAGUCUGGCAGCAGGACACCUCGGGUUGAAUUGGAGGAGAUUGGGCCAUCACUGGACCUUGUAAUAAGAAGAACCAAGCUGGCUUCAGAUGACCUGUACAAAAGAGCCCUUAAACAGCCGAAAACCAUCAAACCAAAGAAGAAGAAAAAUGUAUCCCAUGAUGCUUUUGGAUCCAAACUUGGAAAUAUCCACAUGCAAAAACAGAAUUUAGAUAAGUUACAGACAAGAAAAAUGAAAGGACUGAAAACACAAAAGAGGAAAUCUAGUGCAGGAACAACAGAGGGACAAUCAAGUGCAAAAAAGUCAAAGGAAGUUGAUAGCCAGUGAUACAAAGAAACACAGUGUGAGGAAUGGUCUCUUGGUAAAACUUUAAUAAUCCAUCUGCAAGAUUGCAGUGUAGUGCAAAUGUAUUGAGAGGAUCAAAUGUAGACAAGCAUAAAGUGAGAAGAUGAAACAUAGACAAGCAUAUUAAGAGAGCCUGGUGUAAAAUGUGUUUUGUAUAUGUACACAGGCAGUAAAUGUGUAUUUCUUCUUCACAGUAUAUAUGAGUACAUAUAAAAUCUUGGAAAUUUUUGUGUAAAUUUAUUUGCAAAAUAUUGGGGUUAAAAUACGAUAGAUACAAUUUUGUAUAUCAAACUAUUGUGAAUCAUUUCUUGUAUCUUACGGAAAAUGUUUUCGACCUUACAGACAUUUUAUGUACAGAGAAAAAAGAUUUACUGUAUGCAAGAUACAUGUAUGUUUGAAUAGCAAAUACAUAAUUAUCAUGGAGAAUGUUAUUGUUCAAUUGUCUGUUAGUAGGGUAAUUAAACAAUUUUUGCUUGUUCCUUCUUAAUUUCUCAAUGCAUGUAACAGUUAAAUUAUUGGCUGGUCAUUAUUUUGACUGUUUUAUGGCACUGCACCUGAAUUUUUGUUACGAAUAUGCUGCCGUUAUUCAACUGUACAUAACUCAUCAUCACAACUGAGUUUUAUAAAUACAUGUAUGUUCAAUGGUGAAAAGUUUUUGAACCAUGUUUUAUGAAAUAUGAAAAUAAAAUUCUCAUUAGUCAAGUACAAACUG